AUCAUUUUUCUAUUUUUUCAUUCACCACAAAUAUAUUUCAUUUUUCCUUUUCCAAUAUGAAUCUUGAAACCCCUUUCUUAACCCCCAGAUUUUGCAGAUUCUGAUACUGUAACUUUUUUAUUUUUAUGGCAAAAAGUAAAUUCUAAAUAAGUUAGAAAUUCUAAAUAAGUUAGUAUUUCUCGCAUGUUUAUUCAGGUGGGUCUUUUUGCUAUGAUUUCUGGGCUGAUACUUAAAGUACUGAAUUUGAGUUGAGGUUCACAUGACUAUUCUUUUUGUUACUUUAAUUGGAUUUGAUGACUCGUGGCUUUAAAUUUUUGCAGGUGAAGGCUAUGAUUCUCACGAAGCAAUACCGCUGCAUCCACUCGGCCAGUUGUCUCUGCACAAAAGGGCAUCUUAAUGAAGAAGUCAUUUUCCUAGUUUUUCAUCACCUAAAUUGGAACCCAAUGUUGAUUGCGACACUUUCUUGCGCAUGCAAAUGGUUCGAUGAUCUUGCUAAGCGAGUCCUGUGGAAGGAGUUCUGUAGGACACGAGCUCCAAAGAUGAUGCUGGAUUUGCAAUCUAGUGGCAGUCACAGUAUUGAUGGGAACUGGAGGGCACUCGGGAAACUGCUAAUAUACUGUUCUGGAUGUAAGAAGGGUGGCUUGUUCAAUAACGUUGACAUUCCUGCCCACUUUGUCCAUAGGACACGAUUCUCAAGGACAUCUGGGAAAAGCUUUCUAUUACCACAAUGCAGAACAGAUGUUUUGUAUGUGUCUGAUCCUUGUGAACAUCUUGAUCAAGGGGAUGAAGGGGAUGUUGGAUUCUUUCGGGGAAUAUUUAAAUGCUUUGCAAUGUCGAAGGUAAGGAAAGUACUGAUUAACAGAGGCGCUCUACUUCAUCCUACAGAGGUGUGUCCCUAUUGUAAAGCAAAGUUGUGGAACAUGCUACAAGCAAAGAUGAUACCAUCCAGUGCCAGCUGUCGGUUAGGUGCUUAUGAAGACUGCAUUGAGUAUUAUGUCUGCCUUAAUGGACACGUGCUUGGUACUUGCACCCUCUUACCCUUGUCUGAUACAGAAGAAGCAUCUGAGGAGUGACAUUUUGGUGGAAUUCAGUUGUGCAGUAUCAAAUAUAUCGAUGCGCCUGUCCCGUAGAAAUUUGGUGGAUGAGAAGUCGGUAAGCCUCACAUGGUCUCCUGCAGAACUCGUCUUUGAAAGUUGAGUUCACAAAUCUGCUGCUCUGUAAUCUAUUACUCAACUGACAGGUUGCCAGAAUGCUAUUAAUAACCAGUUUAUUUCUUUCAUGGUAAAUUACAAGGUGGUUCUAUAUACUAUGUUGUCCAUGUCUUCAUGUAGGACCGACAAAAUGUAUCAGAAAUUUGAACAAUGAUCUGUAACAUUCAACACACUUGGCAGCUCGGUUACCUAUCAGUUUCAACUUCUAGGAAUUAAUAUUUGCCCACCAUCGCUUGAGUUUCAGUCAUCCUCUUGUAUUUCCUCUCUUCUUGUUUGCUUCAUGAUAAGCAUGUAUGGCUGGUUUUGCAUUGUGUCUGGUCUAUAUACGGGGGCAUGAAUUCUUGUAGCAUGGUGCAACUCUUUCACCAAGUUGAAUUUUAAUGUUUUUAGCCAUUUGGAUGGAAAAUCCAAGCGUUUAUUGGCUGUUGAAAAAUAAAUCCUACACUAUUGGACAACAAAUCUCAACUUCUAUUA